GUCCACUACGUCUUCUCCUUCAGUCCUUUGGCCUUAUUCUUUAAUGCAACCUUCCCAGCUUUCAUCUCUCUCACCGUUGAGAGACAUAUAGAGAUAAAGGUGCCUCUUUUACCUCCUUUGCUUGGUUUGGGCCAAUGGAAUCGGUUCCUCUUCUCCGUGGCUUCUCUCUUCUACUUCUCCUCUCUCUUCUCCUUCACCACCCCAGGGCUGUUCAGGAAAAUGCAGAGCUGAGAGCUCUCAUGCAUGUCAAGGCGGUGCUGGACCCGGAGGGGAGGAUUCUAGCCUCGUGGACAAGCGAGGGGGACCCUUGCCGGGGAGACUUCGAGGGGGUGGCGUGCAACGAGCACGGUAAAGUGGCCAACAUCUCGCUCCAGGGGAAGGGCCUCUCCGGGUUCAUCUCGCCGGCGGUGGCUGAGCUCCGGUACCUCUCGGGGCUCUACCUCCACUACAAUGCUCUCAGAGGGGAGAUACCCAGAGAAAUCUCUAACCUCACCGACCUCUUCGAUCUCUACCUCAACGUCAACAACCUCUCUGGGCGUAUUCCUGUGGAGAUCGGCAAAAUGGCGAGCCUCCAAGUGCUGCAGCUGUGCUAUAACCAGUUGACAGGGAGUAUACCUCCCCAGCUGGGGCUCUUGAAGAAGCUCACUGUUCUCGCUUUGCAAUCUAAUCACUUAACUGGAGCUAUUCCAGCCACUCUGGGAGAUUUAGCUCAGUUGAUGAGGUUGGAUUUGAGCUUCAAUAAUCUCUUUGGUUCAAUCCCUGUGAAGGUAGCUCAGCUUCCUCGGCUGGCCGUAUUCGAUCUUCGGAAUAACUCCCUCUCCGGCAGCGUCCCUUCUGAUUUAAAGAGACUGAACGAAGGAUUCCAGUACAGGAACAAUACAGGUCUCUGUGGAGUUGGAUUUGCCUCCCUGGAAGUCUGCUCUUCGGAUGAUAUCCUCAAGCCCAGCAAACCUGAACCCUUCGGACCCGAUUCCACCGGUCCGAGGCCGCCGCCGGAAAUUCCUCGAUCAGCUAACUUAAGUGCACAUUGCCAUGACUCCCACUGCUCAAACUCUUCAAAAUCCUCAGCAGUAAAUGUUGCUAUCGGAGUAGUCGCCGUUGCAGUUGGAGGGAUGGUUAUCGGUUUAUCAGCCUUCGCACUCCAUCGGCGCCGGAAGCAGAAGAUCGGAAGUGCGCUGGAGGUUGCAGAGAGCCGGCUGAGCACCGACCAGCCCAAGGAAUUCUGUCGAAAGGGUGGCUCCCCACUUAUCAGCCUGGAGUACUCCAAUGGAUGGGAUCCUUUGGCUGAUGGGAGAAGUGGUGCUGGGUUCUCACAGGAGGUUUCGCAGAGCUUUCGAUUCAAUCUCGAGGAGGUGGAGUGUGCAACUCAGUACUUUUCAGAGGUGAACCUGCUUGAGAGGAGCAACUUUGCUGCAACUUAUAAGGGCGUCUUGCGAGACGGGACUGCGGUCGCCAUUAAGAGCAUCAACAAGACAAGCUGUAGAUCGGAGGAGGCCGAAUUCUUGAAGGGGUUGAAGAUGCUAACUUUGUUGCAGCAUGAGAAUCUUAUUGGAUUCAGGGGCUUUUGCUGCUCUAGAGGGAGAGGGGAGUGCUUCCUUGUCUAUGAUUUUGUGUCAAAUGGGAGCCUAUCACAGUAUCUGGAUGUCAAGGAUAAUGUCAAUGGUAGGGUUCUAGACUGGCCUAGGAGAGUAUCCAUCAUCAAAGGCAUUGCCAAAGGCAUUGAGUAUUUACACAGCAAUCGGGCAAACAAGCCUGCUCUCGUGCACCAAAACAUAUCAGCCGAAAAGGUCCUCAUCGAUCAUCACUUCUUUCCUCGACUCUCCGGCUCCGGUCUGCACAAACUCUUGGCCGAUGAUGUCGUCUUCUCCACCCUGAAAGCCAGUGCUGCCAUGGGUUACUUGGCCCCUGAAUAUACCACCACCGGCCGGUUCACAGAAAAGAGUGAUGUCUAUGCGUUUGGAGUCCUUGUAUUCCAAAUCCUUACAGGGAAGAGCAGUGUCUCCCACCUGCGACUCAAUCCGGAGUCGGGCAAGCUUGAAAACCUCCUCGAUGAAAAUCUUAAUGGAAACUUCUCCAAACCAGAGGCAGCAAAGCUGGCAGGAAUUGCCUUGCUCUGCACAAGUGAGGCACCAAGCCAGAGGCCUACGAUGGAUGCGGUGCUUCAACAACUAAGCAUUGGUUACUGAUCCGUGUUGAGGUGGAGGUGGUGGUCCUCAUCCUCCUAUCCUAACCUGUACUCGGAUUCCUUGUCUUCAGGGAUGAAGCAAAUUGUUGUCCUCAAAUGAGGAACCUUAAGUUAUGUAAUAUAUGUCUCUCCAUUGCCAUCCAUCGACCCUUGGAUGGAGGAACAUGUUAGGCCUCGAGCGAGAUUAGAGUCAGAUGAUUGCAGCUGUAGUUACCUUUUGUUUUGUUUGUCUAAAUCCUAGUUUGGCAGUUCAUGUGCAA